AUGUUAUUACGUUGGAACAUCUUAUUUAUCUUACUUUAUUUUUUCCUUUUAACAAAAGGAAUUAAUAUUGAGAAUCUUAAGAUAACAUUUAAAGCUCUUAAAAAUGAAAGUGUAACAAAAUCUAUUACUCUUAAAAUGAUAAGUGAAACAAUUAAAGGGCCUUUCAUAUAUGGAAAAAAGAAAUUAGAAAAUAUCAAAGUAGUUCGAUUGAAUAUGAAACAUUUUAAUGGUUUGAAUGGUGUUAAAGGAAACUUUAAUACAAUAUCUUCACAAAAUUCAAGUUCUAAUGCUCCAAAGAAUACUGAAACUUUUAUAACAAUAUUUGAAUCAGAAAAUAUUGUACAUAAGUCAUUAAAUUUAAAAUCUAUGGAAAUUGAAUGUAGUAUCAAAGUAUGUCAUAAUGGGCUUAUUUUAAUUAGUCAAAAAAAAAUAGAAAAAAUUGAUGGUAUUGAAGAUAACUCUUUAAAUGGAAUUUUUAUGUUAUUUACACAUGAUGAUAUUUUUUUUCCAGUAUCAACUUUAAAUAUUGUAGAAUACAAAAAUCCUCUUGUAAAAUGUCCUCAAUUUGGUAAUUGGAUUUCAAAAAAUAAAUUUUUAGAAUAUAAGCAACAUGAAUCAUUUGUGAUUUAUAAUGAUGAAAUGUUACAUAGUACUUUUUCAAUCUAUCCUGCUAUAAAAACAAAUUCUAAAAAAAAUAUAAUGGAGUGUGGUAGCAUUUUUUUUAAUUCAAAAAAAAUAUUAACAAUUGGCUACAACUUAAGAAUAGAUGUUAGUGUAGUGCCACGUGUUAUUGAAAUUGAACAAAUAAGAAGCCUUGAUUGUAGUCUUAUAGAAGGAGGAACUACUUUGGUUGAACAUCAUUUAAAUAAAUUUUUGUAUGUUCCACUAAAAGAAUCACAUAAAAUGAUUCCUUAUGUUCAACAUUUAAAAUCAUUUGAUACAGUUAUUAAAUCAGGUGUAUAUUUAAUUUAUCCUUCACACAACACCGAUUCUGAAAAUAUUCCUGAUAAACCUUUUUGUUCAUAUUUAGUUAAACCAAAAGAUUUAGAUUUAAAGUUUCAAGUUACUUUAAUGAAUAAUAAAUUUAAAGAAAAAAAAUUAAAUUUAAAUAAUACGAUAAAAAAUAUCAAAACAUUAGAAAUUGAUAUUUAUGAGGAGACAAAUAAUAAUUUACAAAAUACUAAAAAUCUUGAGUGUAGUAUUAAUACAAUUUUUCAUAGAAAAAAUGGAGAAACAUUGAAUGAGGAAUUAAAAGAUAAAUUAAAAAACUAUUAUUCUACUAAAUAUAAAUGUGGUUUUGUUAAAUUAGAUUAUGAUGGUACAAAAGUAUCAAUACCUAAAAAUGCUCCAAUUUUGUUUUCAUUAAGUAAAUCUAUUAAAUUUAAUUCUUUUGACAAGUUUGGUCUUUAUCAAUGUCGUUCAAUUGAUAGUAGUAACAAAUUUGAUGCCCCAAGUAAUGUUGAUAAUGAAUUUGGAAUGUUUAUGAUAUUACCAAAAGAAGAUAAUGGAGCAGUUGAAGAAGUUUCAACACCUUAUAAAGAUGAACUUCAAGGUAAAGGUGAAUGUGUAGUAAAUAAACAACAAUUUGGUUUGUUAGAAAGUAUAUCAUUUGAUAAUAUUAAAGUUAUUAAUACUGUAUCAAUUUCUAAUCUUCAAAAAAAUGAAAAUUUCAAAUAUACUAACAAUAAAAAUGGAGUUGUUUACAAAGGAGAAAUUGAAAGACAAAACAAAUUGAUUUGUAUAUAUAAAACAAAUUUUAAUAUGACAUUUAAAAUUACAAAAAUUUUUGACUACAAAACAGAUAGUAAUUUUUCAAGUAGAAUAUUUGGAAUGGGUAUGAAUGGAGGUAUUUAUGUAAUUAUUGCAGCUGUUAUUGCUGUUGGAUUGAUUGGAGUAGCUGUAGUUGUUGCUGUUGUUCUCCUAAAAAAACGCAGAAGACGAAGAAAAAAAAUUAAAAAAAUGUGUAGUAAAGUAAAUUUCAAUAAUACUGUUUCUUCAUUAAGUAGUUCAUCAAAUAGUUUAUCAGAAAGUGUAUCUACUAGUGAAAGUUCAAAAGACAUGAAAAGCAAAAAUAAAACAAAAAUGGGAAAUAAAAAUUCAAAGUCUUCUGUUUCAGUAUCUGGAAGUUUUCAAAAUAGUAAAGAAACAAAAAAUUCUAAAAAUACAUCUCGAACUAGUAGUGUCAUUCGUUUUGCAGCUAAAUAA